CUUCUCGAAUAUAUUAAGUGUAUAAUCUAUGAUUUCACUUUCACGCAAUACACAAGCAAAUAAUAUUAAUCUAAACGAAUAUUCACUAUUAAAGCCCUUGUUUACGUAAAAUAGGUGCUCACUCAUAUGCAGUACGUAUUAUACAUCAAACAAUUGAAUAAUAAAGUGUAUAUAUUAAAUAAUAAUUAGAAACAGAUUCACAUACAUUUCAAAAAUUCCAAAAUUCCGUUCGUAAUAAAACUUACGAUACAGAAUUAGAAGUCAGAAUUAUGGAUUCAAAAGAAGCGGUUGAACAUUUAGUUGCUCUGAAAGUGAUGAGACUUACAAAGCCAGCAUUGGUAAGCCCUAAUAUCGUCACUUGUGACUCAAAAGAUUUGCCAGGUAAUAUUCUCAAUAAUUAUCUAAAAGAUGAUGCCACAGCAGUCAGUCAAAUGGAAACUCUUGCUGCUGGACAAUUCUUACUACUUCCUCAAAGUUUUGGAAAUAUUUAUUUAGGCGAAACAUUCUCUUGUUAUGUUUGUGUUCACAAUGAAACGAAUCAACCUGUACAAAGUGUCUCCAUAAUAACUAGUCUACAAACUAAUUCACAAAGAAUAGAGCUUACAGCACAGGAGGGAACUACCCCUACUAUGUUGGAUGUUGAUGAAACCCUUAGUGAUGUUAUUCACCAUGAGGUCAAAGAUUUAGGAACCCAUAUAUUAGUAUGUGAAGUUUCGUACAUGUCCAACUACAAUACAUUAGCAUCGUUCCGGAAAUUCUUCAAAUUUGAAGUCAUGAAACCACUAGAUGUGAAAACUAAAUUUUAUAAUGCUGAAUCAGGGGAUAUUUAUCUUGAAGCGCAAGUUCACAACAUAACAUCUGGGCCCAUUAUAUUUGAGCAAGUAUCUUUGGAAAGUUCUCAGCAAUUCACUGUAAGUUCUUUGAAUGAAGUGAAUGGUGAGUCAGUGUUUGGUGAAGUGACAUUAUUGCAGCCACAAGAGAGCUGUCAGUUCUUGUACUGGCUUAAACCAAAGGAAAACAUGGCAAAAGAAGUCAAACCACAUGGCCCUAUGAGAAAUAUUGGAAAACUAGAUAUAGUCUGGAGGUCUAACUUAGGUGAGAAAGGCCGAUUACAGACUAGUCAGUUGGAAGCCAUGGCACUCGAUCAUGACGACUUAAGACUGACAGUUGAACAAAUUCCUAGUAAGGUAUGUGCAGAUGAAGCUUUCACAUUUAAAUGUAAAGUUGUGAAUUCCAGUGAAAGAACUUUAGAUCUCAUAUUAAAACUGCGUUCUCCGCAAGACUCUAGUCUCCUAUGGUGCGGAAUUUCUAACAGAAAAUUAGGGCCUCUAGAACCCGGAAAGACAACAUUCAUAAAUUUAACUGCUUUACCAAUCAACACAGGCUUACAGAAAGUGACUGGUGUGUCACUUGUUGAUUUGUUUCUAAAACGCACUUAUGAUUAUGAUCAUUUGGCUUCAGUUUAUGUAUAUUAAAGAUUUAUU